UACUGUAGUUCAGCGCCUGCCCACAGUCUGAGAGCUGCUCUGACCUGCAGGGCUGGACAGCGGUCAGUCAGCAGCCUGCUGGAACCUAGGUUGGACAACAAGCUGCUGCUGCAACUUUCACUCUUCUGACGGAGACGAUCCUCAUUCAGACAUGGACCAACUGGCCUUGGUGACGAUGGCUGUGCUGCUCUGCUCUUCACCUUUGGCAGAUGGAGGGAAGGUCCUGGUGUUUCCUUUAGAUGGAAGCCACUGGAUCAACAUGAAGGUCAUAAUCGAGGAGCUUCACUCCAGAGGCCAUGAGAUCACGGUGCUGCGACCGUCAGACAGCUGGUACAUCAAAGCUGAUUCCCCUCAUUACAAGUCCAUCACCAUGAACUCCUCUGGAGGUUUCGAUGAAAAAGGUUUUGGGUCACUUGUGACCACAAUGAUGACCAUGCAGCGAGAAGGUGCUUCAGUUUGGUCUCGUAUGUCCAUGGAGUAUAAACUGAUGAUACACUUCCAUGAGAUGAAUAGGAUGGCACUUGAGCUGUUGGAGGAGAUGUUCCAGGACACUGAACUGAUGCAGAGUCUCCAUGAGGCCAAAUAUGAAGUAUUUCUAACAGAUCCUGGAAUUGGUGGAGGGGUGCUGCUGGGUCACCGUCUGGGUCUCCCACUUGUCUUCAACGUGAGGUGGACUGUUCAGGGAGAGGGACACCAGGCAAUUGCACCUUCCCCACUCUCCUAUGUGCCCAUACCAGGAGCAAUGUUGACUGAUAAGAUGACGUUCACCCAACGAAUCAAGAACCUUCUUUUCUAUUUUCUCACAUGUUUGCAAAUUUUCUAUAUCACAGAUUCAACCUACAAGCCUUUUGUGCACCGUCACUUUGGCAGUGACGUCCAUUACAUGGAGCUGUUUCAGUCAGCCGACAUUUGGCUGAUGAGGAACGAUUUCACCUUUGAGUUUCCUCGACCCACGAUGCCAAAUGUCGUCUACAUGGCCGGAUUUCAGUGCAAACCCUCCAAGCCCUUGUCUAAAGAACUGGAGGACUUUGUCCAGAGCUCAGGUGAACAUGGCGUCAUCAUCAUGACACUGGGAACCCUGGUGGGGCAACUCGAGGACAUCGCUGAGGACAUUGCCGCUGCUUUCGCUCAGCUUCCUCAGAAGGUGAUCUGGAGGCACACGGGCAAAAGACCGUCCAGCCUCGGCAACAACACCUUACUGCUGGACUGGCUGCCACAAACCGACCUCCUGGCUCACCCCAAGACCAGAGUGUUUGUGGCCCACGGAGGCACCAAUGGGAUCCAGGAGGCCAUCUACCACGGCGUCCCCCUGCUCGGCCUGCCCCUCAUGUUCGACCAGCACGACAACUUCUUCAGGAUGGAGGCACGAGGUGUGGCCAAAGUCCUCGACAUCGCGACUGUGAACAGAGACAACUUCCUGGAGGCACUGAAGGAAGUUCUCCACCAACCCAGCUACAGGGAGAAGAUGAAGACGCUGUCCAGUCUGCACAGAGAUCAGCCCAUGAAGCCACUGGACCGAGCCAUGUUCUGGAUCGAGUUCGUCAUGAGGCACAAAGGAGCGUCGCACCUGAGGACAGAGUCCUACAAGAUGUCCACCAUCCAGUACUACUCUGUGGACGUGCUGGCCUUCCUGCUGGCAGUGGUUCUGCUAGUAUUCACUGCGCUCAUCUCUGCACUCAAGUGUUUGUGGCGAAGGAGUUUUUCUCGUAGCAAAGCAAAAGAAGAAUGAUGGACCUGCUGCAACAUCGUUGAUUUGUUUUUUUUUCUUGACUUGAACUUUGAACUUUAUACAGUAGUGUCAUGUUUUUCCAUUUGCAAUAUCACUGACAUAAGUUGGCAAACAAUCCACAAGACUUUUUUUUUACUUUUUUCUAAUUUUUCUUCUACAAAAACAAAACCACUCAUCAUUUUGUUUGUCUGUAAGUGCAGUCGGGCAAUAUUUAAACCAACCACAAACAACUAUAAACAAAAAUUGAUAAAUUCAGAUUUAGUUUUAUAUGCACAGACUUUUGUCACUUUUAAACAGGCUAAUCUAAAUGCUCCUUAAUAAAAGAAAACUGUUUAAACACUAACUGGCUUUUUCUUUUAAGCCACACA